AUGUCUAGUCAGCAUGGACCAGACUAUGACUGGAGGACCUCACCUAUUGAUCCUCAGGCUGUGUAUGCAAGUGGUGGAAAAGCUCUUGGAAGGUACACAAUGCUUGCUAACGUCAUCGACUCGAGCCAGGUGAGGGUUCAGCGUGGAGGUUCGUCGAGGUCUGUUGCUCGUAGCUCCUGUCGCUCCACUCAAGAUCCAGCAGAAGUGGAGCAACUACGAGAAGAACUUAGGCGACAUCAGGAUUACUUGAAGCAACAAGCUGCACAACAAGAAUAUUAUGCUACACAGAUUCAACAACAGCAAACGCUCAUACAAUAACUAGCACAGACCCAAGGGAUACACGUCCCGGUGCCCCCACCACCACCACCUCCCGUUCAUUAUCUUUGGUCUUCACCUCCACCUACACCUACAUCUCCAUCUACCGAACAUCAGGUAUGCAAAUUCAUCAUCAUUUACUUGUUGUUAGUUAUAUUAUGAUGUAACUCAG